AACACCAGCUGGUGAGAGGCAUGCGUGACUCCUCGAGGCAGUCAAAGGUUGAAUGGAAUUAAGGGUUGGAGAGAGAAACAGAAACUACAUGGACUCAUGUCAUCCCUCUUUUGCAAAGCGUCAUGCAUCAGCUCAGCCCUCCCCUGCAAAAUCCACUACUAGGUCACUGCUGCGCGUAAGCCAUGCACUGCCCUUUCUCACUCUAACCGUGUCCUAUACUCCUUUUUCCAUCUGUUAUCUCCCUCAAACUUCCCCUUUACUACAUGUAUAUAUCUGUCGCAUGCUGGCACAUACUUUCUUCCAAGUCCUAAUUAAGUCAUCUCUAUAACCCACACUUCACUGCCCCUUUGAUUACUUGCAAAAGGUGAAAAAAAAAAAAACAAUGAAGACCCCAGUUGGAGAAAGGUUCUCCCAGUUCUUCGAGAAGUGGAUUUGUCAACUUGAUGAUUACUUGCAACAGCUUCUCAGGGUGUCGAAAGAAAGUUUAACUAGUGAAGCUGAAGAACAACGAGCUCUGGUGUCAAAACUGACAGCCCAUUACAAAGAAUUCUACACUGUCAAAUGGACUGCUGCUCAUGAAGAUGUGCUUGCCUUCUAUUGUCCAGUUUGGUUGAGCAAACUAGAGAAUGCUUAUUCAUGGCUUACUGGUUGGAAACCAUCUAUGAUAUUUCGACUAGUUGAGUCAAUGAGGAGGACUCGGGUGCCUGGCCCUGGUUUGACUGAGUUGACGGAGGAGCAGCUAAGAAAGAUAGAGCAGUUAAGAAUGAAGAUAAAGUUAGAGGAAGAGAAGGUGGAGAGGGAAAUGGAGAGGCAGCAAGUGGCAAUGGCCGACCGCAAGAUGGUCGAGCUGGUUCGUAUGGCGACCCGAAUAAGGAAAGGGGAGUUGGUGGGUCAGGUGGACGGGCUGGUUGAGGUGGCGAUCAAGGGUAUACUGGCAGGGCUGGAGAGGGUCAUGAAAGCUGCUGACUGUGUGAGGCUCAAGACUCUGAAAGGAGUAUUGGAUGUUCUGAACCCAUCGCAAUCUGUGGACUUUCUGGCUGGGACUUGCAUGCUUCAGAUUCAGCUGAGGCAAUGGGGCCAAAGAAGGGAUAGCCAGAACGGGCCUAGAUUGGAGCCACACAACAACGCUCUUUUCUAAGAAAAGUUACUACUGAGUUUUGUAACUGCAAGUCAUGGUCUAUUCUGUUCAUCUGUCAUCUGUCUUAUCCAUGAAUUUGCACGCUUUACUUUCAGUUGCAAUUUAGGAGUAAGAAAAGAAUGUCAACAAAUUGAUAUGUUUGCUAUGUUAGUUUUUUACAUCAUAGACUUUAAUCACGAAA